CGUCAGUUUAGCGACACGGGGUUAAACAGUCGGACGCGCUCGAUUCUCAUUCUCCGAAAGUAAAUUAAUGUUGAAAUAAUAUUACCCAGAAUUCGGGGCUUUUUGUUCUUCCUUCAUUUCGUCGAUGUUAAUUUAACCUAAAAAUAAUGAAAUUUGAAAUUCGAUAAAAUCCCGGGAUCGGUCACUUCGUAUUUAUUUCGGGAUCAAAAUGUUCGUUGAAAUGUUAUUAAAUUGGAAGAUUUUUUAUUUUACGCCACGAAAUUUGUACUCGAAAACUCAAAUAUUUUCGAACGAAAAGUUCGGAGCGUGAAAAAAAAUACGAAAAUUUGAAAUUGACCAUUUUCUGUCACAGAAGUGAAAAGUUGCGAAUCCAAUCACAAAUCCAAGUUUCAGUCGUCGAGUUAAAAUCCAAAAUAAUUUUCGUCCACCGGUCGACAGUAUCGCGUGAAAAAUAUUGAAUUAUUGUGAUUUCGGUGGAAUUUAAUGUGCUUUUACUCUUUGAAUCGGUUACGAUAAACAAAGAUUGCGAUAUCGAGGUUCGUCAGUAGCCCGUGGGUGUAUGUGCGCGAGUACACAAUAAUUUUGAGCGGAAAAAAAACGGGUCGACGAGAUAUACCGUAAUCUUGUCCUUGAUAAUAAAGUGUUCGAAGUGUGCUUGACAAAAAAAUUGUGAAGAAAUGAGGCAAACUACUCGAUGUCAAAAGUGUAUGGAAAGAGCUUGAGUAACGAAAUGAAAUUUUAUUUCGAAAGAUACGAGCUGCGGAAAAGACGUUGCUGCGAAACGAAGAUUCGAAGCAGCGGUUCAACCAGUUUCUAAUAAACUGGAGACAAAAAACGCGCUUUUUCUAUUGGUCAAAUUCAACAGUCUAUAUCGCCCUUGAACUCGGGAUCAACCGAAAACCUUUCACUAGAAUUUCGUGAAUAUAUUAAACUACGAAUACGCCACGGGGCGAAAAAUCUUUCGAAACAUUUGACCAAAAUUAUCAAUUGACAUGAAAAAUUCGGAUAACAGUCUCGAAUCGUUCUUAAAGUGGCCAAUAAUAAUAAUGAGCAAGUGAAAACAAGUAUACUAUAUUUGAAAGAAAAAGAAAAUAUCAUUUCGGUUUCAUGACAGUUUCCAGUUAUUUUUAAAUUAGCUGUCAAAGCGUUUGAAACGUGAGAAGAUUUCUGUCUUCCCCAUGACGGGAGAUCACGCGUGAUCCACCGGGAAUAUCCGUCGUGGAAUGUGAUCUUCCCUGUUUCGCGCCUCGCACGACACGGGGAUAAAAUCUCCCGGAAAUUAACUGUCCCUGUGAUGAGCACCUAUAAUUGAAAAUUUCAUCAAUAAUUGAAGUGAAGUAAAAAAUAACAAGCCCGGAGUUUUUAGCUGGCAGAAUUUCAUCGACACCGCUCGAAUCACGUCCGAGCAUGUUUUUCAAUCGGAGCCCUCGUAUUUUUUGUCGAGACGAAUGUUUGAGUUUCUUGACGAUAGUGAAGGGCGUUGGAGAGUGAAAAAAAAUAAAAAUGACCAAUAACAGUGGCUGCUUUGUGGCGAUGGAAAUUCACAUCGAUUGAGUUGCGGCUCGAAGCAAAAGCUCUUUGAACGCGGAACUCGGAUACUCGGAAGGACUCUAAGACUUCAAGAGGCUGCGAGAAAAAAUGUAUUCAUCGAGUUUUCAGUGAGCAUCGGAGAGCCCCGAUUGACACGAAUGUAACGAGAGUCGUGUUUACAGAAAGAAUCACAGCGGAACGAGAGAUCGCGAGUGCAGGCCGUUUUAGGUUAAAAUGUAAACACAACUUUGGCCUUUUUUCUCGAGCGCUUAAUAAUCUUACUGGAACACUGAACGAGUCCUCAUCGAACAAAGGAUCUUCCAACGGUCAUUUCUCCGUUUGUUUCCCGAGUAAUUCCACGCGCGACAUUGAAACUCCGUACGAAGAACAUGAAAGGAGACCUCAAUAUUCAACGCAUUUCGGCACUGGCCACCGCGCGUCACGUGAUCCGACCAUAACCGCUAUUUUUCGUGUGUCGUGUCACGUGACCCCAUAAAAAAUUCUCGGCUGCUUCCGCUCGCCCGGGCCUCGACCGUCAGGAUAAUUAAAUCGACGAUGGAAACUAGAUUCUGUAACCAAAUGAAUGUUUAAUCCUCCUCGACGAACCUUGCGCUCGUGUAUCGAUGAGACAAUUAACCAAAGUGUUUUCCGAAUAAAUCAACAAACCGCAGGACACCGAACCGCGAGAACAAACGACGAACAAAUGUCGAGAAGAAACAAAGUUCAGCUGCUUAUUUACUCGCUGGGACUCGUCGAAGUGUUUUACGAUUUUUACUCGACCGAUGAAAAAUGAGUGAUAAAUAAACAGAUAGAAAAUCAGAAAUAUUUCGAAUAACCGAACGACGAAGCUUAACCUCCAAAAAUCGACGCAAAAAAGGAGGGAAAUCGUGGAAAAAAAUUCUACGUGGCUUGCAGGGCCAUAAAAAGUAAAAAAUGGCGAUGCUAGAAAAAUUCGGAAGGAAGUAAAAGCCGGUAUUGAUAAUAACCGAGGAGGAUGCUGAUCGUUCGAUCUGCCAUCUCGAGAUGGAACAGUCGAGCACCGAUUCGGCCAAUUACCUCAAUUACACGGUAUCCGGCACCGUCGAUUUGCCAGCAUCAGCCGUCAACGAUUCGUCCUCGUACACGAGAGACGAGCUCAAUUUGCCGUACGCUUUUUGCGAAGUUGUCGUUGCCGUUUGCGCCGUUAUCGGCAAUGCUCUCGUCAUCAUUGUAUUCAGCAAAGAUCGCAAAUUACGAAGACGCACUAAUUAUUAUAUUAUAUCUCUCGCAACCGCCGAUCUUCUCGUCGGCCUUUUCGCCAUACCUUUUGCUAUACUCGCCAGCAUUGGAUUGCCCACUAAUCUUUACGCGUGUUUAUUCACCGUGUCCGUUCUCGUCGUGCUUUGUACUAUCAGCAUUUUUUGCCUCGUCGCCGUAUCCAUCGAUCGAUAUUGGGCUAUUCUUCAUCCGAUGGGUUAUUCCCGAAAUGUUCGCACCAAAACAGCCGUUGGGAUAAUAUGCGUUUGCUGGAUGGCGGGAACCCUCGUUGGAUUUUUGCCCCUUUUUGGGUGGAACGCCGGCAAGAAGUCUGACGAAAAGUGCAUUUUCGUCGAGGUCAUGGACUACGAUUAUCUCGUCUUCCUGUACUUUGCGACUAUUAUUUUUCCCGCGCUUUUGAUCGCGGCGUUUUACGCUCACAUUUACAGGGUCGUGGUUAAGCAGUUACGACAAAUUGUGGAAAUGAAUCCUGGGCGAAGCAGGGGUGGGAACCAGACGACCGGGACGAUGCUCCGGCUGCUGGGAGCGGCUCAGAAGAGGGACGUGAAGGCGACCCAGAAUCUGUCGAGGAUCGUGGCCUUUUUCAUAAUCUGCUGGUUCCCGCUGUACACGAUUAAUUGUGUCAAAGCGUUUUGUCCCGACUGCGAGGUCAACGACGUCAUUUUGAACUCCUGUAUAAUACUGUCGCAUUUGAAUUCGGUGGGAAAUCCGCUUCUGUACGCGUACCAUUUGAAGGACUUUCGAGCUGCGUUGCAGAGCUUCAUUUGUAGGCUCUUGUUCCCGAACGCUGCGCCUGCAACAGCGAAGAAUCGGCAGUUGAGUGUAAUUUCGGAGAAUCGUGGAUCCGUGUACGGCUCGCAGCGAUCGAAACUCCGCCAAAACGUUGCCGCCAAUCCGGGCGGUGGCAAAACCCCGCGGACGAAUCUUCUGCGGAGGGCGACCGACAACGCGGCGAGCUUGACCGCGGCAGGCGCCCCCGGAGCCCAAACGUCUCGGACCUCGAGCCCGGAGGUCGAGCUCCGAUCGAAAAGCACCUCCAAAUCGAGCGACAAAAACGAAGACGACAUUCUCGUCAGCCAGAAUCCAAGUCCGGAGAGCAGCGAGGUCGCUCGCUGCAACGAUUUCACGAGCCUCAACGUCAGUCCCAUUUCUGAAAGAUCCUCGAAACUUAAUUUGUCGGACAUCGAAAUGAAAACUUGCAAAUCUUUCGUCGACUUCAUACCCGAUCCUACCGAUGACGAGGGGGGCCACGACAAUGCCGUUUGCGUCGUCGAAGCCGAUGUCAACGACCUUCCUCAUUUGGAAUUAACUCUCUCGUGUCGCAGCCUCCAACUGGACGGUGAAGAGACGAGGAAAGAAAUGGAAGAGGACCGAAAUCACUGAGCGCGCUAGUCAUCACUUAAUUUACCAAUUUUAAACGUGCAUGCUGAAUGUGUCAUUGUGAUUAUUGUGUAGAACACUAAAUCGUUGGUAACGAUGAAUCAUUAGUCGAGCGACAAACGUAGUCGUACUACGUGCUGCAAUUCGAGAUUCAAAUUUUCUAGAAAAAUCCAUUUUUUCACUCAUUUUUCCCAUUUUUUAAUAUUAUUUGUGAUGACAAUGUACCACGGGACGCGAGUGUGAAGCUUUUUCAUUGGAAUUCUAUUUAUUAAAAGGUCACUCAACGUGAAAGCGUGCUGGGUACGUUUGUAAAUAAUUAUUUUAAAAUGUACAAACAGUACAUUUGUUUAUCCAGCUCUGAGCAAUUUUUUAGCAAUUAUAUUUAGCGAUGAUUAUAUUUAGUAGGAAAAAUGUAAAUGCAGGAAAGAGGAAGUCUCGUAAUCAUGAGAAGGUGUGUUCACAGUUUUGUUUGCCCUGAAAAAAAAAGAAGAAAAAUUCAUUUUUAAUGUAUAGAGACUGUGUAUAAAUGUGAAAACGUAAUAAAUAAAAUGUGCAAAUUAAUCCUUCA